CUGAGCACUCCUUGUGGUUGAUUACUGCGCGUGUAAUCCCUGGUAACGAAGGUGCCUGCCAUCCCGACGGGCUUGUUCAACUCUAUCUAACUCUAUUUACGCAAUCAGCUUACGUAACUAUAUAGUCUGUACAUGAUUCAUUUUCAUCUCCGGCACCUCCAGGCGUUUGUGCUAGUACUGCGUUUGAAGAUGGGCGAGACGCUGUACCAGAAUAGAUCUUGGGCUAUGCGUGCUAGGUUUACACCUUCAACCCGCGUGCUGUUGCUUCCCUUCAAAUAUCACUCUCCCAGACCUCUUUUCGAUGUGCCCCCGUCAAAAUCAUGCUCACCGCAGCCGUGACUACUGCGUGCUUGCUAGCGGCGUAUUGCACAUGGAACUAUGCAUCGAAGCUAAAGAGCGUUAACUACUUGCCUGGUAUGAGACCGCCCCUUUCUGCGCUUAGCAUAUUUGGUGCCCUCAUGCCCACGUCUUGGUGGAACCCUGGCCUCAAUUGGUCUUGGGAGUGGAGGAAAACUAAUUAUUUCAACUAUAAGCACGAAGUGAUAUCGAUGGUUCCGUUGGUUGGUCAACCCGCGUAUUACACGUGUUCUCUUCCGGUCAUGAAGCAGUUAUUGAAAGAAGAAAGCAAGUUGGGGCUCAUCAAACACCCCGAAAUGACACCUGCGGUCUCUAUCUGGGGCCAAAAUCUUCUUACUGCAAAUGGAGAUGUAUGGAAGCGCCAUAGAAGGAUCGUUGGACCUGCGUUUACAAAUAAAACCUACGAUCUUGUAUGGCGGCAGGCCGCCGCACUUUAUGAGGACAUGGUUAGAGCAGCUAAAUGGGAGAAUGAACAAAUGGUCACCGUACACAAUAUCAAUCAGUAUACCCGCAGUUUCGCGUUAAUGAUCAUUUCGCGAUGUGGUUUCGGCCUUCUAAUGCCAUGGAAGGACCCAAAUACCGAAACAACUGAAGAAGAAAUGACCUUUUCCACUGCACUGGAGUGGGUCUCCGCAACCACAAUACCAUGGCGCCUCGUCUUACCGCGUUGGUCAUACCGACUACCCAUCAGAUGGCUUCGCAACAUGGAACAUGCUUGGUCAUCAUUAGCGGUGCACAUGAACACGUUUAUCGAAACAAAAGCGCAAGAGCUCGCUGGGAUAAUAGACGGUGAUGAUCAUGUGCAGCGUGGCGACAUCUUCACGCGCCUCGUGACUGCGAUGGACAGCUCCGGAAAGACCGGCUUAGAAAAGCAGGAAGUCAUCGGGAACACUUUCACGCUGAUGUUUGCUGGUCAUGAGACAACCGCGAACGUUCUAGCGGCGACUUUGGGUUUCCUGGCAAUCCAUCAGGACGAACAAGAGAAAGCCUAUCAAGAAAUAUUGGCAGCAAUUCCUGCCGAUCGUGGACUAGGUGCAGAAGAUGUCGCAAAACUUACUCAUACCUUGGCAUGCUUCCAUGAAUCUGCAAGAAUGUUCCCUGCGGGGAACAUGCUCCCAAGAGAUAUCAUUGAUGACGUCACGGUAAAUGUAACAAGUCCUACUCCGGGAACUAUCGUGUUUCCCAAGGGUUCGAGGGUCAUUAUCGACAUGGUCGCUAUCCAUCACAACCCCGAGGCGUUUCCUGACCCUGAUGUGUGGCGUCCCUCGCGCUGGUACGGGGUAUCCGAGCCUGAUCUCACCAUGUUCGGCGCUGGGCCACGUGUAUGCGUAGGGCGCAAGUUCACCCAGGUGGAAGCGGCUUGUUUCUUGGCGCAUUUCUUGCGUGACUGGAAACUCGACGUCGAGCUCUGUAAUGGGGAAACCAGGGAGCAGCACGAAGAACGAGUGAUGGGGAAUACAAAGCUUACUGGUAUUGCCUUUGGGGUUGGACUCGUGGACCUGAAGCUUAUUGCUAGAAAGUAGCGGAUUCAUCCUGUCUCCGUUGGGCAUUUUGUACUUCUGAACAUGUAUCUCAGUAUUUCUGCUCGUUUUCUGACUUCGUGGCAGUCACGCGGAACAGUCCAGUGUGGGUAAGGAGGUUGCGUCCACACCAUCCCUGGCCAUGUCGACAAGACAAAGUCACUGGGUGUAAGUAGCGGAUCACCAAUGACUAUUUCUACAGUGA